AUGGAGGAUAUGGAACAAUCCCAGCUCCUUAGUUGCACGUAUACUGAAGGCGAGAUACUUCAAAAGAUCGAACUUUCUCGCCAGCGGUAUAGGAUCACGCCCUUCUUAUGCUUGGAGGAGCAUCUUGCACGGAAAGGAACUGUUAGAGCAAGGUCUUACCAAGGUUGUGGGAAUGGCGAAGGAACGAAGGUAUGGCUAGACAGAUGGAUCAUGGGCCCAGUUCCAAGAGCACCAUUGUAUCGUCAAGAUGCUGAUGUUGACCUUACACUCAUAGUCAGUGACUUGAUGGUUCUCAAUUCCAGUGUUUGGGACACUCGCAAACUACAAGAGCUGUUUGUUGAUGAAGACAUUCCGCUUAUACUUCAGGUGAACAUUCACAGAGAUAAAAACGAUGACCUAAGGUGGGGGCUCUCGAGGAAUGGUGUGUACGAUACGAAGAGUGGCUAUAAGUUAGCGGAAUGUAUCGCCGACAUGAACUCAGGGCAACAAUGCUCCCUCCCUCUUCUAGAGAAACAGAUUUGGAAAGACAUAUGGAAAACGAAGACAUCACCUAAACUCCGUCACUUUCUGUGGCGAAUUUUAUCUGGAGCCCUUGCAGUGAAACAGCAACUAGUCUCUAGGGGCAUUCCUACUGUUUCAAGAUGUCCGGUAUGUCAGCAAGGUCCUGAAACGAUUUGCCAUAUGCUCUUCCAAUGCCCAUUGGCGAAAGAAGUAUGGGAACGUUCAGCUUUUCCUCUCCCCCAUGCUGGUUUCUCAACAUCCUCGACGUUCUUGAACAUGUACCACCUCCUGGCAAAUAGUAAAAAACCUUGCUUGAACCCCAAGAUUCGCCUAGCAUUUCCUUGGAUACUAUGGCAGAUAUGGAAGGCUCGAAACUUGUUUUGUUUUGAGCAAAGACGCCUCAAUGCUGAAGCAGUUAUUAACAAAGCUAUGGAGGAAGCCGCAGUUUGGUUACAUUUGCAUUCUUUUAUUCCAGAUGACCCUCCUGAGAUCACAGUGGAAGAGAAGACAUCACAGGCUUGGGAGAAACCACCACUGGGAUACUUUAAGUGCAACGUGAGCACGAUGUGGGAAACACAAACUGGUAAUGUCGGUGCAGCUUGGAUUGGGGAAGCUACUAUGAUCGGCCUGGUGUGGACAACAGAAGCUCUGAAUGACAUUCAGGUGAGGAGAAUCAUUCUUGAAACCUCUUCUCCCCAAGUUCAGAAGAACUUCUCUCAGGCAUCCCUUCCAUGGAGCCUAAACUCACUUUGGAAGAGAUUUCGGAGAGCUCUGGAUCGGUUUGAAACUUAUCGAGUGGUUCGCAUCAAUGACGGGUGUAACACAAUUGCUCAAAACAUUGCAGAGAGUGCCUUGCAGGUCCAAUGGCAACAAUCUUAUUUGGCAAGGAAUGGCCCGGAAUGGCUCGAUGGUCGUAUCAAUAUGGAAGCAUCAGUUGUGGUAUAA